GACACAUUUUGUCGGCAACAUUACAACAGUUUCCCUAUAUGGUGAAUAGAGCGUUUGGAAGAAUAACACCGUAAAUAAAAAGCAAUUAAUUCUUGUUUUGAUGUUACCAUUUGCAUGAGUUUUUGCUUUAGACAGCCUUUCCAUCAACUUAUGAAAGGAACAUAACCAAAUAUGGAAACAUACAAAACAGAAAUAACGGAUUUACCAGUGAACAUUCUUAUAAAAAUCUUCAAAUGUUUGUCACACGAAGACCUGAUCACCUCAGUUAGAUGCACGUGUAAGAUAUGGAAUCAACUGACCUAUGAGAGGACUUUCUGGAAAAAGAUCAGUCUUUCCAUGUUCCCAGAUUCCAGCCUGACUACAGUCAGCUUUUUACAGGUUUUAGGAGACCAUGCUGACAGUGUGGAAGUGCUGGUUGUCAAUCUGGACAAACUAAAAGAAGACAUUAUUUAUCAUGAGGGAAUUUAUUGCCCAAACUUGGUUGAAGUGUGCCUUGAGGGAAUUUACUCUGUGAGUAUUAGUGAGAAACGUUAUGCAUCAAUUUAUGACUGUUUGAAAAAGCUUUCUCUCAAGUAUAGUCAUUUAAGAAGCUUGAACUUGUUGUGUUCGGAUUUUAUGACACAGUACUUUAAUGCUUCUGAUAUAAAUUCAGUUGCUCAACCAUCUCAACUGUAUUCAUUCUUUGAGAAUCUGACUGAAGUGAGAUUUGCCAGAGGAUCUCAGUUGGUUGCUGGUACUUGGUUUGAAGGGUGUUUGAAGACUUUUCUUGAGAAUCACAGAAAGUUAAAGACACUGAUGAUUAAGAGUUGCGACAUCCAAGCUAAAACAUUAGAAUUGAUUUUUACUGAGCUGCCAAAUAUUCAGCAUUUAGAUUUAUGUAACUCUUUUAAUGUUUUAGAAUUAUUAGAACUGGAAUCAUUUGUUGAUCUCUUUGGUCAAAGAACAUCUCUGAACGGUCUCAAAACUUUAUGCUUAAAUGAAUGCAAUCUUAAUGAUUACAUACUGAAAUGCUUGGUUAAAAGCAGUCGUCAUCUCAAGGAAUUAUCACUGACCGGUGCGUAUGGCAUUACAAACAUAGGACUGGAGUAUAUUGCUGAAGCAUGUCCAGAGUUGGAAAAGUUAUAUCUUAAUAAUAACCCAGGACUUCACCCAAAAUCAAAUAUAACAAGUGCAGGGAUAGAAAUAAUUGCAGAAAAAUGUUGUCAACUGACAGUUUUAAACUUGAACAAUUGUACGGAAAUCAGUGAUGUAUGUAUUCAGGCGAUUGCAUUGCAUUGCUCAAACCUUCAAAAUCUCAGUGUUGCAAACUGUUUGUCUUUGACUGAUAGUGCAUUGUCUUGCGUUGUGGAACACUGUUUUCUUCUACAGGAACUUGAUGUGAGUAAUUGCUCUCAGCUUACCAACAAGUCUUUCAAUAGAAUUCUACAGAAUUGUAAGCAGUUACGGUCAUUGAAUGCAGGGACAUGUCAUCGUGUAACAAUGCUAGAUUUGUGUGCAAAAGAUGUCUGCAGCACAGACUGUUUGAUUGGCAUUCCUUCGUUGGAGAAGCACUCUCAUGUCAGGCAAUUAAAUUUUAGUUUUUGCUCAGCAAUAACUAACGCAUGCAUGUCACAGAUUGGCCAUUACUGUCGAGAUUUGCGCACUCUCGAUCUUCAAGCGUGCUCACUUGUUACAAAUGCUGGAAUUAAGGAUAUUGUGAAAAAUUGCAAGUUUCUUAAGCAUUUAGACAUUUCGGGGGGAUCAGUGACCCAGACAAGCAGGUUGACCGAUGCCUCUCUACAAGACAUCGCAUCAUAUGGACACUCACUUGAAACUCUGGUUAUGGUGAAGAACUAUAACAUAACAGCUUGGGGUGUAUUUGAAGUUGUGAACAAGUGCCAAAGCAUUCAUUUUAUUUGUGUGGACGCUACUAAAAGGUCAAAUAUCAACAAAGAUAAAUUGAUUGCUUUGUCUGGGGAGGUUACUGGAAAGACAAUCUGCCUCCAUUUCAAAGCAAGAAUAGAAAUUACUAUUUAUCAAGAUGUAGAUUUGAAUAUAAAAUUAAGAAUGGGUAGAAUCUAGGAUGUACUUGUUACAGCUUUAAAAAUGACAAACAUAGCUUAAAAAUGAUAUCAAAGUUUGCUAAAUGCAGAUAAAACCACUGUUUCUGAACUUGUUUAAAUGUCAUAAUAAUUAAGUCUAUACACUUUCUGUAAAUCUUUACUCAAGACAGCUUCAUUUAUUUAAGUGAAUCAUGCAUUAAUUCUUCUAAACUUGCUUUUUAUACUUGAUUUUGGAAUAUCAAUAACCAUCCUAUAGUAAAAAAGAGGGAACUGGGAUUUUGAAGUUAACUGUUGGGAUGUACUAUGUCUUAACCUAUUGAAACUUUGUUUUAACAUGUUCCUAUAUGGUGCACGCCAACAUGUAUUAUUCUUGGCAUAAGCUUUACAUGGUUUACAUAGGAAUUAAAGUUUUUUUUCACUAUUUUGUUAAAAAAGUAUUUAAAGAAAUCAAUGCAAGAAUACAUGACAAGUAAGGAUCGUGUCAAAAAGGUGCCAUUUAAGGACCUAUUAUCAGUUUUGGGUGCCCCAACCUGUAUAGGUGAGAAGACUGUUAGAAGACUGUGGGGACGGUGGGGUAUGAGGAACAAUUCUUACACAGUAAUUGACAGGUUCUUGUUGAAUCAAGCACAUAAUUAUCUGAGCAUCGUAAUUCAUUAGAAUUUAAAAAAAAGUUCAAUCAACGAGAAAAAUCCAAUUGACCAACUUUGACUUAUUUGCAAAAUUUGAGAGAUUGGCCUACAAAUUGCAUGAACAGGUAUGAAAUAGUGGGUAUUAAUAGCUUAAGACAUUAUUGGCAACAUGUCUGUUUAAUUUAUAUUAUCAAUAUUGUUUAAUUAGGCAUGGAAUUUAAAUUAAAAUUAGGGGUUAAGUUCAACCGACCAGUAUUGACCAGUAAUGACCACUUCGGGAGUAUUGACUGGGGCGGUUUUAACUGGUAAAAACCGCUGGUUUAAACAGGGGGCGGUCGAUUGGUACCAAUCCUGGUUGUAGUACGUGAUUUUUAGCUCGACUGUUAUAUAUGAAUUAUAUAUAGUAGAGCUAUCCUACUCAUCCCGGCGUCUGUGUUCCAGUUAGCAUUGCAAUGUUAAAGUUUGCGUACCACCUCAAAUAUUUCCUAUGUCCUUUCACAUAUUGCUUUUAUAUUUUGCAUACUUCUUUAUCCACAUGACCCCAAUCUAUAAACAACAGCAGACAACUGUAUCAAGCAUUUUGUAAGAAUUAUGGCCCUUUUUUCACUUAGAGUAUGCAUAUUAUUGAUAAAUCUAUGUUAAAGUUUGUGUACCGC